CGGGCCCCGGGGCCGCCGGGCAUGGAGCCCUGGAAGCAGUGCGCGCAGUGGCUCAUCCAGUGCCGGGUGCUGCCCGCUCACCACCGGGUGACCUGGGACUCGGCGCAGGUGUUCGACCUGGCGCAGACCCUGCGCGACGGGGUCCUGCUGUGCCAGCUGCUCAACAACCUCCGCGCGCGCGCCCUCGACCUCCGCGAGAUCAACCUGCGCCCGCAGAUGUCCCAGUUUCUCUGUUUGAAGAACAUCCGGACGUUUCUUACGGCAUGUUGUGAGACAUUUGGAAUGAAGAAAAGUGAACUCUUUGAGGCGUUUGACCUGUUUGAUGUUCGAGACUUUGGGAAGGUUAUAGAAACACUGUCUCGACUUUCUCGCACACCCAUAGCAUUGGCCACAGGAAUCAGGCCUUUCCCGACGGAAGAAAGUGUUAAUGAUGAGGACAUCUACAAAGGCCUUCCCGACCUAAUCGAUGAAACCCGAGUGGCAGCUGAAGAAGACCUUUAUGACUGUGUUUAUGGAGAAGAUGAAGGGGGAGAAGUGUACGAGGACUUAAUGAAAGCAGGUGAACCACAGCAACCGAAAUGUCCAGAAAAUGAUAUACGGAGUUGUUGCCUAGCAGAAAUUAAGCAGACAGAAGAAAAAUAUACAGAAACGUUGGAGUCAAUAGAAAAAUAUUUCAUGGCACCCUUAAAACGGUUUCUGACAGCCACGGAAUUUGAUUCGGUCUUCAUCAACAUUCCUGAGCUUGUAAAAGUCCAUCGGAGCUUAAUGCAAGAGAUUCAUGAUUCCAUUGUAAAUAAAAAUGACCAGAAUUUAUAUCAAGUUUUCAUUAACUACAAGGAAAGGUUGGUUAUCUAUGGGCAGUACUGCAGCGGAGUGGAGUCAGCCAUCUCUAAUUUAGACCACAUUUCUAAGACAAAAGAAGAUGUCAAACUAAAAUUAGAGGAAUGUUCCAAGCGAGCAAAUAAUGGGAAAUUUACUCUUCGAGAUCUGCUUGUGGUUCCUAUGCAACGCGUCUUAAAGUAUCACCUUCUUCUUCAGGAGCUGGUCAAGCAUACCCUUGAUCCAGUGGAGAAGGCGAACCUGAAACUGGCUCUCGACGCAAUGAAGGACUUGGCACAAUAUGUGAACGAAGUGAAAAGAGAUAAUGAGACCCUUCGUGAAAUUAAACAGUUUCAGCUCUCUAUAGAAAAUUUGAACCAACCAGUUUUGCUCUUUGGACGACCUCAAGGAGAUGGAGAAAUUCGAAUAACCACUCUGGACAAGCACACAAAACAAGAACGGCACAUUUUCUUAUUUGACCUGGCAGUGAUCGUUUGUAAGAGGAAAGGUGAUAACUAUGAAAUGAAGGAAAUCAUAGAUCUGCAGCAGUACAAAAUAGCCAACAAUCCUACCACGGAUAAGGAAAAUAAAAAGUGGUCUUACGGCUUCUACCUCAUCCAUACCCAGGGACAGAAUGGGCUCGAAUUUUACUGCAAAACAAAAGAUUUAAAGAAAAAAUGGCUGGAACAGUUUGCAAUGGCUUUAUCUAACAUCAGGCCAGACUACGCAGACUCCAAUUGCCAUGACUUCAAGAUGCACACGUUCACGCGGGUGACGUCCUGCAAGGUCUGCCAGCUGCUGCUCAGAGGAACAUUUUAUCAAGGCUAUUUAUGUUUUAAGUGUGGAGCAAGAGCCCACAAAGAAUGUCUGGGAAGAGUAGACAGUUGUGGCCGAGCAAAUUCUGGUGAACCAGGGCCGCUCAAACCAUCAGAGAAACGGACCAAUGGACUUCGAAGGGCUCCCCGGCCGGCGGAUCCAGGCUUGCCCAGGAUGCAGGUGGUUCGGAGCUACGCGGGAGCCCCGCCGCCCCCCGUGCCCGGGGGGCCCGCCCUGCACCUGCAAGCGGGGGACACCGUGGAGCUGCUGCAGGGAGAAGCGCACAGUCUGUUUUGGCAGGGUAGAAAUUUAGCAUCGGGAGAAGUUGGAUUUUUCCCAAGUGAUGCUGUCAAGCCUUCUCCAUGUGUGCCCAAACCAGUAGACUAUUCUUGCCAACCCUGGUAUGCUGGGGCAAUGGAAAGAUUGCAGGCAGAGACUGAACUUAUUAAUAGGGUAAAUAGUACUUACCUUGUGAGGCACAGGACCAAAGAGUCAGGAGAAUAUGCAAUUAGCAUUAAGUACAAUAAUGAAGCAAAGCACAUCAAGAUUUUAACAAGAGAUGGCUUUUUUCACAUUGCAGAAAAUAGAAAAUUUAAAAGUUUAAUGGAACUUGUGGAGUACUACAAGCAUCAUUCUCUUAAAGAAGGCUUCAGAACCUUAGAUACGACGCUCCAGUUUCCAUACAAGGAGCCGGAACAGGCAGCCGGACAGAGGGGUAAUCGAUCAGCCAACAGCUCCCCCUCUCUGCUCUGUGGCUUUUCUUUUGUAACUCCUCCAGACUACAGCUUUGUUCCCCCUUCUUCUACUCCUUUCUGGUCAGUGCUGAGCCCCCGAGUGCUGGGCCUCGCCAUCGCUCGGUAUGACUUCUGUGCGAGGGACAUGCGGGAACUGUCCCUGUGCAAAGGAGACGUGGUGAAGAUUUACACCAAGAUGAGCGCCAACGGCUGGUGGCGAGGCGAAGUCGAUGGCAGGGUGGGUUGGUUUCCAUCUACAUAUGUGGAAGAGGAUGAAUAAGUUCCAAUCCAGCAUGGCACACUGCACCAAAAACUCAGAGAAGGAUUAAACAGGAGCCUGCGUAGCAUUACCAAUUAACCCAAGUGUUUAAGAAAGCUGCAUUUCUGGCUUUUCAGCAUCCUCCCUCCUUAUUUCCCUCUCUUAAGUCUUAAUGCUGGCAUUUCUAAAGAUGCCGGUGCUGACAGAUUAAUGGCUUGCCUCGAGCGGUGCGGGAAACGGCCUGCCAGUCUGUCACUGUCAUAGACCAAGGCAGAGCCAAAAGCUUUUCUUCCCAAAGGAGGGCUGCAGAAUACAUCGAUUCCUCUUUAUUUCAUUGAGUCAACAACAUGUCUGCCAUUAGUAAAUGCCUGAUGCAUAUUUACUUUUAUUCUCACAUGCCCUUCACCAAAACUUUUGUUGGUACCAAGAAGUAGAAGGUUGGUUUUGCUCUUCUCAGCAUGAAAAAAGAUUGCAGAGUUCUGCUGUUUGGAAAAGAUCCACCCUUACUGCAGAGAUCCUGUAUGUCUUGUCUUAAAUUGUUCUAUAGGUGACUCAUUGCCCAGCAAAUACUUUUCCUCACAGAUGUUAUUCAUGAUAAAAUAGGACAGGCAAAUGUUCAGGUUUGCAUCAUAAGUGAUAUAUUCCAGAGGGCUUUAAUUAUUCAUUUGACGUCCCAAUUAUAUUUGCAACCUCUUUAUUUAAAAAAACGGGGGAGGGGAGAGGGACAAAACAUGAAAGUGUCUCCAUAUUAAAUCUUAAAAACCUUUCUGAUUUCAAAGGGUCCUAUUGGAAAUGUCAUGCUAGACUUGAUGAAAAAUAAUUAAUUUUGGCUAGAUUUCUUAUAGGUAGUUGCCAAGAGCCUGAGUAAGGUAGCAUUGUUUACAGAAACUGAUGAAGGGCUAUUAUUGCGAAUAAGUCAUUUUAUAACAGCAAUAUCAAUUAACACAUGCCUUUUCCUCGCUCCUGGAGAGACCCCAGAACGUAUUGACUGAUUCCCACAUUUUCCUCUGUGUGUCUGCAGUAGUCCAAACAGAGGAUUAAGGAAGGAAAGCAUAUUUGGGCCUUUCAUGCGUUUCAGGACCAGAAGGCUUUCUUUUUUCCUUCUUCUCGAUCUUGUCUUCUGAAAUCUGUCCUGGGUGUGUCUUAACUGUUGGGCAGAUGAUUUUGUAUUUUGUGUGCCAACCUUCCCUUUAUGACACGAGGCAUCUCCUGGGAUGCACAGGGUUCCCAGUUAAGGCAGUUAAGUUCAGACACUACCGUGGCUCCCUUCUUGAGGUAGUAUUUCCUCCAUUGCAGAAGUCAUGCUCCUGACAGAAUUCUGAGUGUUCCUUUUUGGAACUAGCAGACAUUCAAAGCACUCACCUCAGAGCUAAGAGCAUCCAGUUGUGAAAUGUCUUCAUCAUUUCUGAAAUAAGAGAGCUGCCGUCUGCCCUCUCCCCUACCCUCUUAGGGCACCUAUGCCUGGGUGUUUCGUGGAUACCCCUCUCCAUUAGAAACCCUCAUGGGCUAGGCCUUCUCCUCUAGGAUAGGUUCAAGACCUUUACCUCACAAUUAUGUAAACUGUGAUUGUGUUUUAGAAACAAUUAUUAUUUGCUAAGACUACAUUUUUUGUAUAUGUGUAAAUGAUUAUGAAAUUGUAUUUUAUAAAGUGUCCUGUAUAGUAAACUUGCCCCCGCUAAGGUAUGUAUUCUUGGAGGCCAUUCUUUCUCAUCAACUCUUAGCAGUGACUGUCUCAAAAAAUGUUUCUUCUGUUAUUGUCAGCCAAGAUGUUGCUAUGGAGAAAGCACAGCAUCCUACAAAUUACGGCACUCCUGUGUAGACUGUUGAGGUGCUUAGUGUUUAUUCUAGUCAGCGAACUCCCCAUCUCCCCUCAAAAUGGUGUGUGGUCUUCCUUUUGCAUUUCAUUGGCCGGGGUUUAGCAGCAGAGGACGUUAGAGGAACCCCUUCUCAUGACAUUUCCAGAUGCAUCUUUGUCUGCGUUUCAUAUUUUGUACUGGAGACUUCCGAAUCCAGAGUGCUGCAGAUUUAUUUAGAUUUCUAAUACCAAAGACAGAAGUAAAUGGUUUCCAUGUUUUGCCUGUAUGCAUCCCUCGUGUAAUUGGUGAAUUAGAACCAUAUCUUAUUUUGUAAUAUAUUGUAAAUAUGUCAAUACAAUAAAUAUUUACUUGUUACCUUU